CAGACAUCAGCCCUUGGCUUCCUACUGGGGCUUCCUCUCUGUCCUGUGAUACCAACGCACCAUGACUCUUACCCCAAAGAUGUUGCCACUGCUGUUUCCCCUGCUGUGGACAGGGUCCCUGGCUCAGGAUUUGAGUUUCCGUCUGCAAGUGGAAGAGAGCGUGAAGGUACAGGAGGGCCUGUGUGUACGGGUGACCUGCAAAUUCUUCUACCCCCCAAAUGGAUAUACUGCUUACGGCUAUAACCCCGCUUACGGCUACUGGUUCCGGGAAGGGGCCUCUACGUCUCAGGAUGCUCCAGUGGCCACAAACAACCCACAUCGUAAAGUACAGGAGGGGACCCAGGACCGAUUCUGCCUCCUUGGAAACCCCCUGGAAUAUGACUGCUCCCUGGAGAUCAAAGAUGCACAGAGAAGGGACUCGGGGACAUACUUCUUCAGGGUGGAGAGAGGGUCUUAUGUGAGAUAUAAUUACCUACAGAACCAGCUCUCCGUGCAUGUGACGGCUUUGACAGAGACACCUGACAUCCACAUCCAGGGACCUCUAGAAUCUGGCCACCCCAAGAACAUUACCUGUAGCGUGCCAUGGGUCUGUAAAAGGGGGACACCCCCCACAUUCUCCUGGUUCGGGGUUGCUCUCAACUCCUGGGGCUCCAAGACUCCCCACUCCUCUGUGCUCACCCUCACACCAAGGCCCCAGGACCACGGCACCAACCUUACCUGUCAAGUGACCUUCCCCAGAGGUGGUGUGAGCACAGAGAGGACCAUCCAGCUCAACGUGUCCUAUGCACUCCAAAACCUGACCAUCAGUAUAUUUCAAAGAGAAGGCACAGGAACUGAGGCUCUGGGGAAUGAUUCAUCUCUCCUACUUCAGGAGGGCCAAGCUCUGUAUCUGGUCUGUAGUGGUGACAGCAACCCUCCUGCCAGGGUGAGCUGGACCCGGGGUAGCCUGACCCUGAAGUCCUCACAACCCUCAAAUUCUGGGAUCCUGGAGUUUCCCCGGGUGGAACUGGAGGAUCAUGGGAAAUACAUCUGCCGAGCUCAGCACAUGUUGGGCUCCCUGGAAGCAUCCCUGAGUCUACUUGUGAAGAACCCUCCAAAGCUAUUUGGUCCCUCUUGCUCCUGGGAGGGUAAGGAUCUGCACUGCCACUGUUCUGCUCAAUCCCAGCUGCCCCCCUCUCUGCACUGGCAGCUGGGGGAGGAGCUGCUGGAGGGGAACUACAGCAACACCUCCUUGACCAUCACCUCCAGUGCUGCAGGGCUCUGGGCCAACAGCAACAUGAGCCUCAGUGGGCCACUGGACUCAGGCCUCAGACUCAGCUGUGAAGCCUGGAAUUCGCAUGGGAAACAGAGCACCACCAUUCUGCUGCUGCCAGGAAGACUGGGGCCCAGGACAUGUGUGGUUCGGGGGGCCAUCUGGGGAGCUGGUGUCAUGGCCUUGCUUGCUCUCUGUCUCUGCCUCAUCAUCUUCUUCGCAGUGAAGACCUACAGGAAAAAAUCAACCCAGAAAGCAGCACACAGUCAUGGCGUCCAUCCAGCAUUGGAUACCGUCUCCCAGACCCAAAGGCCAGCUCCGAUGCUUUUCCCUCAUUCCACUCAGGAUCACCUGAGCAAACCCUGGUCAGACAGCCCCUCAGAGCCCCUGCCCCAAGCUGCGGCCACCUCCCCCUCGGAGAAGGAUCAGGAGCUCCACUAUGCCAAUCUCCACUUCCAUGGGCUUAAGCCACACAACUUUCAGGACCAAGAGACAACUGAGUAUGCAGAGAUCAAGAUCCAGAAAUGACAACCCCCAACCCGCUCCUGUCACUGGGAAGGCCAGCUCUGACUGGGCAGGACAUCUCUGAAAAAAUGCAUGUCAGGCACUGAUUCUCUAUGAAUUGACUACCCUCUGAACCAAAGUUUAUAAAUGUGAAUGUGACACUCCUUGGAGUGGCUGAAAGUCACAGUUAAGUUCAAACAGCAGGCAAACCACUUCACCUCCCUGUGUUUCCUCCUCUGUAAAAUGGGGGAUAAUAUUCAUUAGGAACAUUGUUCCGUGGGAGAAAAAAUGUACCAUUUUCAU